AAUUUCUUUCUUUCUCUCUCUCACACAGUAACACGCACUCAACAAUGGUGGAUAUAUCAGGAUUGGUGAUGAAGUUCAAAGUUCAUAUCAUAGUGAUAACGACUUUAUCUCUCUUGAUCGUGGCUCUGAUCUGUAUCGCUCCUAGUUUCGUCGAUAUAAUCGCUUAUUUCUGGCCUCUGCUCGUAUCCACGGCUCUAUUUCUAAUCGCAGUCGUCGUAUUCAGCCAAACUUCUCCGAUCGCCACCGAUUCUUCCGCCGCCGCCGAGGGAUUACUGGAUUAUGUCGCAAACACGCCUGAGGAAAUUCAAACCUACAUAUCGCCGGAACAACGAGAAGAACAAUCUCUGCCUUCUUCACAAGUAGAUCAUGAUGAUGAUGAUGAUGUUGAUGAUAGCCAAAAGUAAUAAUUUCCUUUCUCCAAAGAAAAAAAAAAUCUAAUUAAUUUAUUGUUAUUGGAAUAAAUUUGUGCUUGUCUCAAAUUACAAAUGAAUCCCUUUUGCUCGCUACUUUUUUAUUAUUAUUAUAAUUGUUCAAUAUAAGCUCAAAUUUAGGUUGUU